GACUCAAAAGUCGGUCCGAGAGUGGGAGGAGAGAGAGAGAGAGAGAGCGAGAGUGAGAGAGAGAGAGCGAGUUCGCCGGAUGGAGAAGAGGGUGAUGAUUUUCUGCGCAGCCGCGGGCUUUCUUGGCCUUCUCUCUGCUGCUCUCGCCUUCGCCGCAGAGGCCACAAGGAUCAAGAAUUCCAAUUUACUACAUUUUUGGAGUGCCGCAUCUUUGUGCUCUAUAUCCCUACUUCAGGUUUCUGAUGUGGAAACAACAACGCUAGGUGAAUGCAGAUACCCAAGGAGCCCAGCAUUAGCUCUUGGUCUUAUAGCAGCAGUGGCUCUUAUCAUAGCUCAGGCCAUCAUAAACACUGUAGCUGGGUGUAUAUGUUGCAAGAAGUAUCCAAAUCCAUCAGACACAAACUGGACAAUAGGGUUGAUCUCUUUUAUUGCUUCUUGGGUUACUUUUAUAAUAGCCUUUGUUCUGUUGUUGAGUGGUGCUGCCCUAAACGACCGAUGGGGACAGGAAAGGAUGUAUUUUGGCGAAUUCUGCUACGUUGUCAAGUCUGGAGUAUUUUCAGGAGGGGCAGUACUAUCUCUUGCAAGUGUUGCUCUUGGGAUUGUUUAUUACAUCUCAUCGGUGUCAUUAAAGAAUGUGCAGCCCUGCAAUUCGUCACAAAAUCAAGACAUUGCACUGGGUCAUCCUCAUACUACACCUCAAAGUCGGACGACCCCAGUAUUUGUGCAUGAGGAUACUUAUAAUCGACAACAAUUCCCCUGACGAUGAUACUUGCUCUGCCCAACAAUUUUCCAUUUCCUUUCUGUUCUUGAGCUCUUGCCUUCCGACAUGGGGAUUGCCACUCAAAUCCCCAUUACAUGCAAUUAGCUGGACCUUGGAUCAUUGUCGCGAGAGGCUUCCACAUGAGGUGCUUCCAUCACUCGUUGGUCGUGCAUUCAAGGACAGCACUCAACUGCAGAAUUUAGGAUCAAAUGGUAGCUUGUCGGUGGUAGAUGAACAGCAUUCAAUUGCCAGUUAGCUGAGUGUCGUUACGAUAUUUUGCAGGCAUUGGUGAAGUGUCAUUCUGACUGUUGUUGUGUUACAAUGUUAGCAUCAACAUGUACUGAUGGACUCAUCACAAUUUAUGUAAUAUGCUGUUUGAUCA